AGCGUCUGUGUUUACGAUGCCACCCUCGUCGUCAGCGGUGCCUGUGGCACGUACGCUCGUGCUUGAUGACAGGUCCAGCGGAGAAUUCGAUGCAGAGCAGAGCAUUCGGUUAUAUGGCGAGUUACUUGCGCUCCAGCAAGUGAUACCUAACGUGAAGAAGGCGGUGUUCAAGAACGAGCAGAAAAAGCUGGAAACACAGAUUCUGACGCUUUUACCACAGCCGUUGGGCACCCCGGUAAUGAUAGAGGCCGGAAAGACACUCGCAACGCUAUUCCGGCAUGGAAACAGCGAUCGACUGUUCCCUACUGUGAAUACGGUCAAUGAUCUAAUCAAGAUGAGGGACGAUUCGUCCACUCGGAUAGCGGCUUUCGCUUGUUUGGGAGAGAUGUACCGAGUGCUGGGUGCUAUGACUGGGCCUCUAAGCGGGGAUACAAUACAUCUACUGGGAAAGUUCAUGAAACCGGCGGAUUUUACAUCGAAGAUUGGUAAUCAAAUGGGCGGCCAGGCACCACCCCCGUUUCCACUGAGGAAUGAAGCGAACAAGUUGCUGUCUUUGAUUAUCACUCAUUGUGAACGUGCUGCGAAUGAGUUUCAGAAAGAAAUAUAUAAGAUGGUGCGUCCCGGCCUAUCUGAUCGAUCGCCAGCCGUGCGGGGGAGUUCUGCAAUGUGUUUGGUUGCGCUUAUUAAGCGUCUCGGUACGCUACCAGGGGACCUAGAGGCGACUUUCCAUUUGGUUGUGAAGGGGCUGGAGCACAGCGACGCUGACACGCGUGAUCAAAUAGCGCUUCUGAUGGCCCAUCUAUGUCUGCUUAUGAAACAGUCACGGGUCCAGACAGGUGCACCCGAUUCCGCCAAGGAGGAUUCGGUGUUACUGCCCCUCGGCGUGGUGUUCUCGCGCGGCGCCACUACGGAGGUUAAGAUGGGGGCGUUCCAUGCAUACAAGCACAUCAUAGCCAUUGUCGGGCCGCAGUGGGUGGAAGGGAAUAGUGGCCUGAUCCUGGCACACUUCCUCAAUCUGCUGAGUGUCUCGCGGCUACCGGCUCGACUGGCUGAUGCGGUGGCAGCACGAACCAUAGUCACCGAAAUGAUCUACGAUGCAGUGCAUACCACUCUUGACGAGGCUGGGCAGGUCAAAACAGUGAAGGAACUGUGCAAAGCAAUCACCCAAUGUGUCCAGUUGCCUAAUCUCAACGCAGCACAACACGCCAUUGUCGCGGCAUUGCGUUGCGUGAGCCGUCUUUUGCUUCAGUUAGACUCGGCCUCUCACCCCUGCUUUGAGGCUGUGCGUACUGCCGCUUUCUCAGUAGUGGCGUCCAAGGCUGUAUCAGUACGCGUAAGCGUUGCGUGGUGUCUGCGAUGCCUGGUGAUUGCACUUCCUCGUAACCAUGCAGCCUUGAUGCUGGAGUGUGUAGAUAAGUUGUAUGUCAAAGAGAGUCUCGAGGCCACUCACGGCUAUGCGAUCUGUCUGGCCGCCAUGGCCUCCGUUAUCCCAUGCACUGGGCUCGGGGUACCUAUGGGGUUGUCGACGUCCAUCUUCACGACCGCUGAGGAAUUGCUGAAAACAUCUGCUAAAGGACAGGCUGGUGGCGUGGAAAUAGAGGCAGGAUGGACAUGUUUGAGUUCCUUGAUGACUCAGAAAAGCUCUUUCUGGCACGAUCGGCAAAGGAAACUCAUGGGCUUGUUCGAUGAGGUGUUCAAAGGCUUACCCGAGCUGGUUGCCAAACCUUCCAAGACAAAGAAGACAACGGCUGCAACCAACACGCUGUCUGAGAAGGCGAAACAACGCAUCCUCUCGGCAACACACGCCAUGGGAGCGCUGAAUAACUUCUGUCGGAACUGUGAAGAUCUAACCAGCGAUCCAGAUACCGAGAGUCGAUUGAUUACCUACUUGGUAGACAGCGUCCAGUUGAUCAGCUCCAUAUCACGAGAGCAGCCCACAGAGACCAAUGCGGGUGCUGGUCUCAGCGGUCUUAGCAUGUCCUUUGCAGAGCUUGUGCGGCUAUUCAAAGUGCGGUUAUACAAAACUCUACUAAUAUUCAAGCCGCAUAGUUAUGCGACCGCGCUCCCCUCUCUGGUGCGAGUCCUUAUACAGGACAUAGUACACAUACAGGCUCACGAGUAUACGACUAUCAUGCCUGACCUACUGGGACCGGAGUCUGCAGUCGUUGGCGGCUUUCACGAAGACCUCGAUGGUUCACUCAAGCGGUUGUUGACCUACGACGGGAUCAUUGGCACACUAGAAAACGAACCGACCACUGUGAUUCUACUACCGGGUGCCAAGGGUGAGAUUCAGACACAGGCGCCAGCACCACUGCCUCUGUCUACGUCGUUGGUGAACCACAGUAUACUACUGUUUGGCCAUGCAUUCCCCCUAUGCACCAUGAAACAUCGCAGGCAGCUGCUCGACUACCUCGCAACCGGCUUGUCGAAAUGCCGACGGAGCUUUGUUGAGAAACUACACAUGAAUGCUCUGGCGACUAUGCUAUGUGCAAUGCAGGUUCUGCGGGACAAUGGGCAGCUGGCGAAGAUGGAUGUUAGUUGUGUUAAAGAGGCAGUAUCGGUAGUUGCUUUGGGUGCCUUGAGGCUAGACAGCCCAGUGGCAAGGUUAUGCGGUGCGGAAAUCGUCGGUCUUGUGACGGCGGGCCAGGGUGUCACCGAGUUGGGAAGCAAAAUAGACUCCGUGAUAGAUCUCCUGCAAACGGAUCGAGAUGCCCUGGCCAGGACUGGGAAUUUGGCUGCGCUUGGCAGUAUAGUCAGAUGUGGGGGCCGCCUUGUGUCGCGGAAGUCUGUGCAGCGAGUGAUUGGAAUUCUCAAUGCGCUGUCGCUCGACACUAGCCCUACCGUGCAGAUGUUUGCACUGCAAGCUUUCUGGCAGGUUAGUGAAAGCCCUUCGUUCCCUCACUUCGUGGCUCCCGUACUGGGUCAGCUACUGUGCAUGUUCUUCUCGUCGCAGCAAAGAACGUCGGAAGUGCAGCAUGGGCUAGGUCGACUACUCAAUGCGCUGCUCUCCUCCUUGGGGCCUGAACUGCAAAUGAACGAAAGCACCCGUAAGAAAUGCGAGCUGCUGUGCAUCCAUCUCAGAAGUUCUGAGGAGGACAUAGUUCUGCUGACCGCAGCUCAGUGUACACAGACAAUGAUUGUAUUCGCCGGGGCCCAUGUUGAGCCUGCCCUGGUAUUGCCCUUUAUUGUCGAUACCCUCCUCGGAAAUCUGUCCAUUCUACGACAAAGCUCCGCAAACUGUCUGUUGCAGAUGGUCCAGAGAGACGCAGAGACAGUUGUGGGCGUCGGGGUGGUGGGGCAAAGCAUGGGUAUCGAAAACGCGCUCGUGUCCAUCUACAACCGGGAAACCAAUCCCGCCGUGUUGCGGAUAUUGGCGAAGUGUAUAAUAGAGCUGGUCUCGAAUUGCGGCGACUACAACCCGACAUACUGGCUGGACUAUUCCAUGAAGGCGCUCUCUGCAACAUUGGUGCGGCCCCUCCGAGCGGAUCGUCUGGGCCAAAAAAUAACUCAGACUUUACCGACGAAGCGAUCGGAAGAGUCCAAGGACCGUUCCGAUACGAAAGCGGGCGCUGAGAAAGGCAGCGGCGGGGAAGAAUCGCGAGCAGACGAUGACGGAGACGGAGAUGCAGAGAGUGGCAAGAAAGAUGAGAACGAGGUCACUGAGGAAGGUCUGGUACGGAAGGAAGCGGGUGCUGAGGCGAGUUCUGCGGACAACCCCAGAUCACACACCAAGUUUCUGGCCCUGACGUGCGUGGCCGAGCUGAUGACCGCGUGCGAGAAGAGUGCAAACAAGAAAUUCCACUUCGAUCUGAAGCUGGUGCGAGAAGUACAGUACAUGAAACAGGGGGCUGGUUCCACGAGUCAGAGUCACAAGGGCAAACGGAACUACUUGGUGAGCUGUCUGGGUACUCUGAUUCGGGCCGCGUUCAACGCCGCUACAAGCGACUCGUCUCGGCUAUCGAUCGCUGGGUUCGAGUGUCUUAGCAAGAUUAUCACAUUAUUCAAAAAAGCGGAGGAUCCUGACGUGGAAGAAUCUCUGCUGCUCAGUCAGUAUCAAGCGCAGAUCGCUGCAGCCCUCCGCCCAGCCUUUUCGGGGACAGUGAACCCGGAUAUCUCGGCAGCCGCCAGUGUGGUAUGCGGGUCGUGGUUGUCGUCUGGGGCCACGAGCGAUGAAGGAGACCUGAAACGUAUACAGCAACUAAUCCUGUCACCCUUAGACGAGUCUGACGAAACGGAUGCGGUGAAGUACAGCAUGUUCAACGAAUCGGCGAGUAUAAUGGUGCACGUGUCAGUCUUACAUGCGUGGGCCGAGGUGCAGCUCGCUUGUAAUGGACCUGCAGAUCAAAAAUACCUUGGCAUAAUACUGGAUCCGUAUCUUUCAGUCCUUUGUAAACAAUGGCUGGUGCUACUGCGCGAUUUUGCCGUUCUGAAUCUGCCCGAGAGUUACGUGCGGCACUUGGGCCCUGGGGAAGCCCUGGCGCAACGAUGGACCCGCGAUGCGGUGCGAGAGACGUACAACAGCGCGUGGAUUACAGUGUUGGCAUCGACUGCUAUCCUCAUGCCCACAGAUUACGGCGAAGUGUUCUUUACGAAAGGAGAGUCCGAAGAUUUGAUGCCGAGUGACGAAUUAUACCUAGUGUUCAGCUUGGCAGUUCAGGCUCUAUCAACCACCACCAUGCCAGAAAUGACAAGCUGUGCUUUGGACACACUUUUGAAUAUAUUCGAUCCCCGGAUCAAUUGGGAGAAAGCAGCAUACGCCGUCGGAGAGGACCUGCUUGCCGAUCCACAGAACCCGAUGGAUCUCAUAGUGGAGGUCUUGCGGGUGCUGCGCGGAGUGUUGCUCACCCAUACGGCCGCUGAGCGCGUCAAGGUGCUCGAGGUGGUGGCUCGUAUUCUCUCACUCGAGAACAUUCUACGCAGUGGUGUGCAGAGCGACGUGGCCAGCAGCCGCAGCUACAUCGCACUAGAGGUCUGCGUGAGUGCGUUCUCGACCGUCAGCCCGACCUUUGUCGCUCCGCUGAAGGGCAGCGGCUUCCUGGACGAACAACCCGAACAACCUAUCAUCGGCGGCAAAUCCUCCGGCAGCUACAGCUCCAACGACGAAGAGCGUGCGCAGCAAACCAGCGAAACCCUCAAGGUCGUGAUCCGCGUCCUGGCCUCCAUCCCGCCCGCAUGCUCCGUAAGCGUGUGCCUGCAGCUGUUGCCCAUUGUACUGGUCCUGUCGUUGCGGGUGCUGUGCUUAGCCCCGAAUCCUGUGGCCACCACGGUCGUGGGCACCAUCAAGACGGUGAUUCUCAAGGCGAAGCCUGCGGACGGGGACCAGGACAGUCUGGGCGAGUGGCGGGCCAUUGUGAGCGCCACCUUGCACGACAUCAUCCUGCACUGCCGCAGGAUAGUGCGCAAGGCCCAGACCACAGACCUGACGGCACAUGAGCUGGUGACCAUCAAGUAUUUGGUACUGACCUCCAUCAUCAUCUUCACGCUGCUUGGGGGCGAGAUCACCUACGCGGCCGACUUCAUAGACCUUUAUCUGGCGGUGCUGGACCUGGACAACACAGAGCUGCGAUGCGCGGUUAUCCGGGCCACGCGUACUAUGCUGCAAGCACUGCCUUUGGAGAAGAUAUCGCAUUUCGUAGUGGGCAUCGUCCCAGCUGCUGUGAUGCUGGCUUUCAAUACCAUCAAACAGACGGAACUCGAUAUGGACUCGAUAAACAUGGUCAACGACAUCGUGGAACUAUUGGAACACCUUGCCAACAUAUCGAAGGCGCCUAAACGUGUGCAACUGCUGUGCAUGCAAGUGCCAUUGCUUGUGCUGAUGAUGGGCGAGGGAAAACCUCAGCACGAGAUUGCGCUCAAGAAGGUGCUCCUACUCGGAUCGUCCCAUCCGGAACAGUUCAGGACAGUGGCGGAAUCACUGCCCAAGUACCUGCACGAACAGCUGGAGGGCAACCUUAGAGGGUACACAGAGAAAACCAAACGUCUUGCAGAGAAGCAGGAGGCCCGGCGUCUCAAGAAGGAGGCGCCCAAAGCGCCGACGAUCAAGUUGAAGAUGGAUUUCGGUAACUUUAGCUGAAGACCACGCAGAUAAUUUACAUAAAGUAAACCAAGAAAUAAAACUAAACGUAAAC